AUGGCUCCAUCUGGUAGAAGAAGAACAAGGACAAGAAGUGCAAGAAAACCAAGAAAAUCCCAUUUCAAGAAGAGGCUUAAUCCAUCGGAAAAUGGAGAAAUCUCAGUGGUUUCACCAUCAAAAUCUUCAGCCAAGAGCUCCGAGAGUUCAUCAACCAUUGAUUUCAUUGAUCUCAACGGUGCUGAUGUGCCCACCAGUGCCUGUUCGACUCCAAAAGCUGAGAGAUUCCGGAUACCAGAAAUUCAAACUUGCCCUCCAGCACCAAAGAAGAGAAGAGUAGUUUCAAGCUGUUCAUUGCAGAGAACACCCAUUGCUUUCUUUGCUCCACCAGAUUUAGAGCUCUUCUUCUUCUUUGCACUUCAAGACAUCCCAGUUUGA